AACAGUGAGUCGGUCCUGAACAGUGUCUCCAACCUGCAUCUGCUGCUCAGCACUCUGCAGGCGGUGGUGGUGCAGCAGGACAGCUUCAUGGAGGACCAGCGUUUGGCCCUCAGCUCUUCCUCCUCCUCCUCUUCGUCGCGGCCCCCCCCCCGGCCCGGAGGCUCUCUGAUCGAGCAGGAGAAGCAGCGCAGUCUGGAGAAACAGAGACAGGAAGUGAGCGCUCUGCAGAGGCAGCAGAACGCCCACAGUGAGGAGAAGAGGAGGAGAGAGAGGGAGUGGGAGAGGAGGGAGGAGCAGCUGCUGGAGAGGGAGGGGCUUCUGCACGGACAGGAGGAGGAGGUGCAGCAGCAGGAGCAGCAGCUGCAGGAGGAGAGGAAGGGUCUUCAGAGCAGGAAGGAGGAGUACCAGAAAGACCUGGAGAGGCUGAGGGACUCCCAGAGGAAGCUGGAGAGAGACAGAGAGGCCGUGCAGAGGCAGAUCCAGAAGAUGGAGGAGGUCACAGUGUCGGAGAGGACGCCCUCCACAGCGUCGGAUGACUCCCAAACUCUGGAGCCGGACCCCCAGCCGGACCCUCCCCCCCGCUCCAGACCCAGAGGGAAGGGCCUGAACCCCUUCAGCUCGUCCAGCCUGAAGGGCAACGAGGCCAACAAGCAGAAGAGCCUCCUGACGCUCUGCAAGAACAAAGACAAGGACAAGAAGAAGAAGAAAGGCAAAGGGGGGGGUCCGCAGGCGGCAGACCCUCAGCACCUCCCCGAGCCUCCUCUGGACGGAGAGAUCUUCUUCUGCUGAGAGACAUUCUUCCUCUUCUUCCUCCUCCUCCUCUUCCCCUUCUUCAUCAUCAUCCAUCCCUUUCAGAAGAAUGUGUUUCCGCAGAGUACAAACACAGGCAUAAUACUGCAGCUCCACCCGGCUUUACGGCACCUUCUAAAUCCUCUUCAAAACAUGUUUCCCCCUGAUCAUAACGUUCAAGAACAACAAGUGUUUUCUUGUGUUUAAAAAUCCACUGCUUUUAGUUUCUGCAACACGUCACAUACUGUGGGGAUUUGUUAUGGUGGGUUUCAUUUAUCCUUGGAACACAUGAAUUAAGCAUCACAGAAAAUCAUUUUGGGUAUUCUGCUCCACACAGAUCCUUUGCACUUUGCACACACACCAAUUUCAACACACACACCAAUUUCAACACACACACCAACAGGCUGUUCAUUUACAGAGUGUUAUCCAAUGUGACUGAGCGCUGCCACAGACGUCACCAAACACCGCUUGGAUGGAUAUACGAUUCCCAACAAGCUAGGGAAAUGCUUCUAGUCCUCCCUUAUUGACAAUGAAUAGAAGAAACCACAGAAGAAGAAGGUCUGCCUGGCAACAUGUCUACUCACCAUUUAAAGCAGACUUGACUAAUUCUGCCUCCAGUUAGUGAGACAAAUGCAGUUUGAAUACCUCCAGUAGUCCUCUAUUAAGAUUUCAUAGCAUCGAUUUUUCUAUUCCUUUGAAUAAUAGAUAUCUUCAGAUGUGUCUCUUUCUGCAGACGUCCAGUAAUGAGGGGAUUGAGACAUAUCUCCCAGCAUCUAAUGGCUCGACUCAUAUCCUUCAGCGUGCUUCAGAGGACACGAGCCUGAUCCUCUGCGUUAUCUUCCUCCAAUGGGCUUUUAUGUCGAUGACGAGCGGGGCUUCCCUUCAUGUUUUAAUUGCAUGUAUCUGUGCAGGUAGCAUACCGAUGGCUCCUGUCUGCUCGCCUCACCCUCACUUCUCAGAACAGAAUGUGGACACGUUUUAAAAGGCUGUUUAUUCAACGACAAAGCAGAGAGAACCAGAAGCUAAAAACACCAAAUGAUGCUGCUACGUGGUCAAAACAUUUCAAAAGAAUCAACACUCAAGAUGUUGUGAAGCACUUUGGUCCCAAUAUGUUUAUUUGAUUUGCUAUCAGCGAUCAAUCGUCUUUGUAUUCUGAUUUUUCCGGGUCCUUUUGUUAACGUUGAAAUUAAAGUAAAGACCAGUAGCAAGUUUGAGGCAAAGUUUCCGAUAGACCUGUCUUAAUUCUUAAGCUUGAUUUAAGCCCAGAUUCAGCACUGCCUGCUGGACAGGUAGGAAGUUAAAUUAAAGGUCCUUUCCCCGUGAGUCACAAAGCAGCGCCACGACUCCUGCCGCCUCGUCUGUCUCGUGUUUUAACGGCUUGAUUCUUAACUCGCCCUCUUUGUUGAGGAUUUGACUUCAUGUCCGCGCUGGUUUAUUACAGUGUGUCUUCUUAAGAGGCUCCAAGGGCCGGCCAAUUAGCUGCUCCGUGGCUUUGGUUUAUGGCUUCGGUGUAAUCCUGUCCUAGAAACAGAGGAAUGGGCUCCUUUUGUUGGGGUGCUUCGUACGGUGGCCGAGAAGUGCGUUGCAACGAAACAAACAUUUUACAUUUUCAGAAACGAAACAUCUUCGGCAACUUCAGUUUGGUUUCUGCAGCUUUUAGUAAACGCUGCGUAUGUUUCCUCAAGUUGCUGAAUGUUUUCUAAAUGCUGCAUGUGUUGUCAAGUUGCUGAAGAUGUUUUGUUAAUGUGUUUUUAUAUCUGGAUCCUUUCUGAAGCUGCAGCACGUUUCUCCUAAGGGGAAAUGUUUGCACCUUUCGGACACCGUAGUUUUGACCACUAGGAAGCACCGCACCUAUGACUAAAUCAAACAACUAGAAAGCAUGAAAGUAUUUUGUUAUUUUUUUGACAUUUCCCCCCUGCUGUGAGAACAUGUUUCUCAGCAGGUCAUCGACACACGGAGAUAAUGAGACGAGCGGUGGCUUUUCCCCACAGCGUCUGUAAGCGACUGGCUGAACAAAUAAGUUGUCAGAGAUUGUAAUUGGUUAUUCAGUGAAUCCAGUCAUCAGCAGCUUUAAUGUGGGGAAAGGAAAGCCACAGGACAAUCAGACGACCCCCCCCCCCACCUCCCUGCGUAGCCUUAAAUCUUGACGAUAAAAUGAAAUGCACUAGCGAGAGGAGAGCUUUUAUACCUCUUGCUUUGAGACGACGAAGGAAAUGUUCGUACUGUAAAAGUGGUACACGAUGGUUUCAUUCCCAACAAAUGUAAAAAAAAAAAAGAAGGGCAGAUGUGUAAAUAUGAUUUAUGUAUAAAACAAAUCAAAUGUAAAAAAAAAAGGUUUCAUUUGUGAUCUAUCGCAACAUUUUGUAAGAAUGUUUUAUUUAUGUUUUAUUCUCGCCCUUAAUGGUUGGGUGAUGUAAAGUCAUAUUGCUCUGGUAAUAAAAAAAAAUCAUA